UAGGAUCAGAUGAGAGCUCUUGAUCCAAAGAAGAACUUAGUAAGAUUGACAUCAAGGCAUCUACCUGUUACUCAUGGGCCAGAGUCCGAGAGGUAAAGGAAUGUAUAUGACGACAGCCGCAGUGAUGGCUCUACCCCAACUUUAGCAUCUAGUUGUCGGCGUGAGGAAGAAUAUGGUGGGCUGGUCGACAUACUAGCUGUAGCUAUUUCACGUGUUCGUAUAUCUGAGCCAAAACGAAGCAGGAUCUGUAGCCCCUCUAGGCCAAUCCAACAAGAAUGUUCUGAUCAUCUCCCUUCCCUGCUGACAGUCGGAGUUUUAAAUGUUGCUGGGAUGGAAAUAACUUAUGGUGACACUACCUGACAAGAUGGAUAUCCGUCAUGGUUGAAGAAUGGUGACAUAAUUUCUCAUGUACAUACACUACGGAUAACAAGGAAUGAUUAUCGGGUAUUCGGGUAGCUAGAAUUCUGUAAGUUCUUAUCAACCUGGUGAUAUAUUGUGUUCUGGUGAGCCUUACAUUGAAUAUAUUAUACAUAUAUACCAAUCGUUGAGGUUGGCUGAGGCCAAAUCUGGAAUUUGAAAAGCUAAUCUCAACUUCAUUUUGCAGAAACCUGGAGCCCUUUCGGUUCUUAAAAAAUAGGAUCUCUGAAAUGUAAACUUAUCGUGUUUUUUCAGUAAAGGUGACCGAAGACUAGUAAGAAUUGUAUUUCGUGAUUGCUUCUAGUAAGCGAAAAGUUGCAUGUGGGGUUGCUUCUAUUGCAUAUGCUGUAUCUCAUAAAAUAGUUAGUAGCGGCAGCAUUUAGUGUAAUCGGUUAUGACAAAUUACAAAUUUAAGGCAGAAAAUAAGUAGGUCACGCGACUUACAUACUCCACUUUGUACAUAAAGUAAACCGUAAAUUAAAGAAAUGUGGGAUUUUCAGAUCCUUAAGUAACACUCCCUUCUUGAAAUCUGCAGCCUAUAUUGAAAAUCACAGGCUUCAAUGUCAAUAAUUUUGAAUUUGAGCCAUGAACAGGCCCGAGAAGAAGGCGACUCGAGGCUCUCCUCAGAAAUGGAAUAAUCAGUUUGUAUCAUCAUGCUCCCUCUCUUCAUCAAAGCUCCUAAUCUAUGCCCUCGCCGUGUUCGUCCUCUUUCUCGUCGUCUGGCAAAUUCAGCAGACCUCCUCUGCUUCCCCAUGGUCUCACUGGGACAAAAUUCUCAACAACUCAUGCCUCACCCCUUCCCACGAUGCGCGGGAGGCGAUGGCUGACAGACUUCGACAGGCGGUCACUUUCCUCCCUCUCAAGGACCUCAGAUACGCAGGCGAGCCCAUGAAAGGCCACACGUGGUUCAUGAGUUCCUUAUACGACAUGCAGGAGCAAGGCGAGGUCCAGUACCAGGAGCACCCCGUUGAGGCCACCGGAGGCAGACUCCUCUGCCUCCGCGGCCGUGACAGGCACGACGGCUCCUGGAACUCAUACGCUCUAGCCUGGCCCGACGCCCUGCCUCAGAACGCCACACUGAAGGCAGGCAUCACGUUCGUGUCAUACAACCACUACGACUACCACAACAUCUGGCACGGCCUGUCCGCCAUGAUGUCGUUUGUGGCGUGGCACGUCAAGAGCCAGUGCGAGGCACCUGAGCGCUGGAUCUUGUUCCACUGGGGCGAGCUACGCACGACCAUGGCGCCGUGGGUGUCCACGCUCCUGGAGGCCACGUUCGGGGGUGCGGUCAAGAUCGAGGAUUUUGGCAGUGGUGGUGAUGAUGAUGAUGAUGCUCCGGUUUGCUUCGAGAAGGCGGUGGUGAUGCGGCAUAAUGAAGGCGGGAUGUUGACGGAGAAGAGGAUGCAGGUGUAUGAUCUGAUGAGGUGCAGGGCGAGGAUGUAUUGUCAAGUUGGAGGGCGUGAUGAGGGGAUCAAGGUGGGAGUCACCAUGCUAAUGAGGGAUGGGACGAGGUCUUUCCGGAAUGCAUCGGCAGUCAUCGGGAUCUUCGAGGAGGAGUGCCGUCGGGUUCCAGGAUGCCGUCUGAUGGUAGCUUAUCCACACAAUCUCACCUUCUGUGAACAGGUGAAGUUGAUGAGUGGGACAGACGUGGUGAUAUCGGCGCACGGGGCGCAGCUGUCGAACAUGCUCCUGAUGGAUCGAAACAGCAGCGUGAUGGAGUUGUUUCCAAAGGGAUGGAAGGAGAUGGCCGGGGUGGGGCAGUACGUGUACCACUGGCUGGCCAGCUGGUCCGGCAUGAAGCAUGAGGGGGCGUGGCGGGACCCCGUCGGAGAUCCCUGCCCCUUCCCCAACGACGAAGCCCGCUGCAUGUCCCUUUUCAAGGACGCCAAGAUCGGACAUAACCACACAUAUUUUUCACAAUGGGGAAGCAAUGUCAUCAAGGAUGUCAUCACUAGGAAGGCACUUCAGGAUCCUUCUUCUUUUAAUCCUGCAGCUGGCCUAUGUGGUUGCCACUGAUUUUCCCAAAUCUUUUUGUUUAAUAAUUUUAUUGAGUUUUAAAUUCAGAUGAUAAUAACAAGUUUUCUUCUUUCAA